CCAACCAAGCGCUACUCCCUCAGCCUCGGUUCCUCUUCCAAUUUAUGGAAAUACAGUACCACUUUCUUCUUCAGCUGUCUUUUCUUUACUGCUUACCUUAAUUUCUUCAUCGAAGAUUUCUCCAAUUUCCACCUAUAAUUAUCCCUCACUUAUAGAUAGAAAAUAGGUUUCCCCAAGACGAGAGAGAGGGGGGAAAAAAGGGAAGAAUAAAAAAAAAAAAAAAAAAAGCUUUUUGAUUGAGCGGACGACUGGUAAUGGCGAACUUACCUCAGUCCUUGUCGAUGAACGCCGCCGCCGCUUUUGGUGGUCCAGGCUCGUCGUCGGCUAGCCCUUCCGCCGCUGGAACUCAAGGCAAUAAGGAUCGAAAAAUGAUGUCUGCCGAGCAGCUUGUACUUGAACUUAGCAACCCUGAUCUCCGAGAAAAUGCCCUUCUCGAACUCUCCAAGAAGAGGGAAAUCUUUCAAGAUUUGGCUCCAUUACUUUGGAAUUCUUUUGGGACUAUUGCUGCACUCCUGCAGGAAAUAGUUUCUAUCUACCCUGUUUUAUCUCCACCAAACCUGACUCCUGCACAGUCAAAUAGGGUUUGCAAUGCACUUGCUCUUCUGCAGUGCGUGGCUUCUCAUCCUGACACUAGAAUGUUGUUCCUUAAUGCCCAUAUACCACUGUAUUUGUAUCCAUUUCUCAAUACAACAAGCAAAUCAAGGCCUUUUGAAUACCUGAGGCUUACCAGUCUGGGUGUCAUUGGUGCACUGGUGAAGGUUGAUGACACUGAGGUUAUUAGUUUCCUCCUCUCAACAGAGAUAAUUCCCCUGUGCCUUCGCACAAUGGAGAUGGGUAGUGAAUUAUCAAAAACAGUUGCCACAUUUAUUGUACAAAAGAUUCUGCUGGACGAUGUGGGCCUGGAUUACAUAUGCACCACAGCAGAGCGGUUUUUCGCUGUAGGUCGAGUCCUGGGAAAUAUGGUGGCUGCACUUGCUGAGCAGCCAUCAUCGCGACUGCUAAAGCACAUUAUUAGGUGCUACCUUAGGUUGUCAGAUAACCCAAGGGCUUGUGAUGCACUUCGGAGCUGCCUUCCUGACAUGCUUAGAGACGCCACCUUCAGCAGUUGCCUUCGUGAAGAUCCAACAACGAGACGAUGGCUCCAACAGUUGCUUCACAAUGUCCAAGGGCCUCGGGUUGCACUGCAAGCUGGGACAGGGUUCGACCAUAUGCUAGUGAACUGACUGGAGGCCAGCCCGUUUUUGUUUGCCGUUACUGCUGAUGAUUAAAGCUUGCAUUUUCAAGUGCAUGCUGCUUUAGUUGCUUGGUUAAAAGGUCAUUUGUAGAUUAGGUAUUUAUACAACUCUAGUAACUUUUCGUAGGGGGCUUAAAAGGCCUCGACUUGAAUACGAGGUCAUUUUGUAAAUGAAUUUGAUGUUAUUAUAGAGGUUUUUUUUCAGUAGCCGGACACUUGAUAGUGUUCUUAAUUGGUCCACCCCGCCCUGACCUCUUUAGCUGGUGCAGGUUAAAUGACACCGUAGGCCUCAACAAUUGUUUCUCAUAAUUUUAGUCUACAGUUUAUGGAUUAAGUGUAUAACAAUCACAAUUGACUUUUGGAUUAAAGGUUUAGGUGUAAAACAAUAACUUUUGGCACACAA